UAUGCCCAAUUCCGAACUCGAAUCGGAAGAUUUCCUUUUCGACUCUCUCCAGACCCUGUACGACUACCAACCUAUCACUCUGACGACAUCAGGGGCUCCAUUCACUUACACAGUCAAACUCUCGUGUCACCCGCUAAGGUACCAGCUAGUGGAACAGGCUAACGGGGGGCCAGUCACAAUAGAGCUACACACGCCCGACACAGAAGCAGCGAACUGGGCUCUACAUGCCUCUUCGAUCUGGGUGUCGUCGAUCUACCUCGCCGACCAUAUCAGCGAGCUCGACCUAGAAGCAUAUAUCGACUCCCACCUUCAGGCCGAAGGCCCGGUUCGCGUCUUGGAGCUCGGGGCUUCAGCGGGCCUUCCGAGCAUAUUGAUCUCCAGGUUGUAUCCCGAGCUGAUGGUUACCGUGACGGAUUAUCCCGAUGAGGUGUUAAUCAAGACGUUAUCGGACAAUGUGGCGCGCAAUGGUGUGGCGCAACGGUGUGAGGCGUUGCCUUAUGCGUGGGGUUCCAAUCCGGCACCGAUUCUUGGCCAAGCGGACGGUUUUGAUGUCGUAUUUGCGGCCGAUACUCUUUGGAACCCGGAUUUCCACGGCAUAUUCAUCAAAGCUCUCAAGUUGACGCUGAAGAAGUCACCCUCGGCGCGGAUACACUUGGUUGUUGGGUUGCACACGGGGCGAUAUACGAUUCAAGCGUUUCUGAAUGCAGUGAUGUCAUCUGGAUUCGAACUGGAGAGUAUACAGGAGCGGGAAACGACCGGUCAUUUAUCAAGAAAUUGGGAGCUACGAGACAACGAGGACGAAAAGGAAAGGAGACGGUGGGUAAUAUGGAUACAGCUGAAAUGGACAAGAGAAGCGUUAGCGUUACAUGAUCAAGAAAGGUA